GGCGCGGCCACCAAAUGGCGCGGAUGCUCGCUGAACCACGAGACGCACGACGCAGCAACCAGCUCGGCUCCGUUCCAGGGAUUUCGACCAGCACUGCGUCCGAACCUGGAGGCGAUCGAGUUCCGCGGUCGACGAUGCCGAUGGACCUGAGGUGACGGCGACGCUCCAGAGGAAGCGUCUGCGAGAUUGAACCGUGGUGCGGCCGCCUGCGCGAGUAUGCCUUGUACCUGGCCACCAGCUUUCCCAGCGUGUGCCUGUUGGUCAACCAGGUCUUCCCCAACCUUCGCCACCUGCUGAACAUCUCCACCCAUUGUCGGGUGAAUCACGACAAGUCACGCACGGCAAGCAAGGUCGACGGCUGCUUCAUCCUUCCUCAGCUGUCCGUCCGGAAAGGAUUCCGUUCCACCGUCAACAUCGAGUUACCCGAACUGAGACCAAGUCGGCUAGCCCUCGAUUCCUUGUGCGGACGCGGGGUUCGCGUCCUCUCCAACAUACAACGCAGGCAGUCGUUGGUACUGGUCUACUGUCUGCUUGUGAAACACCCCUCCAUUGACUUCGCGGAGCUCUGCACUUCGAGCAUAUCGCAAAACUUGCUUUUCAUCCAGGACGGCAUUCAACUGAGCGGUGACCUAAGGCACGGCGAGAUCAGUUACUCCCAGCUGAUCGACUACCCAUCGAAGAUACUGAUAGGCACACUGCGCUCCCCGGUGUUCACGCUCUACAUGCUCGAGAUCAUGAACGUGUACUUCUCAAGCAUUGGCGUGCACUUGCUGUGCGAGCUGUUCGUCAGGUGUGAGGCCCCGUGCACGUUCGUCUUCCUCGAGAACUGGAUCGACGUGCCCGAGGCUGAGGCACUGAUGCACUACUGCGACGCGCAUCAUGCCACGACCAAGGCUUACAUGGACGAGCUCUUCGUGACAGUCGACUCCCGCUGCGUGCUGGUCGACCUGGUGAGACACAUCGCAGCCAUCGACGAGCUCGUGCUAAGCCGCUGUGUGCGUUGCACGUGCCGGAAGCCGCACGGAUUCGCAGCGUUCUUCGCCGCCGUCCUCGAUCGGUGCUCACUGAUCAAGACGUUCGAGAUGUGCGACUUCGAAUUGAACAAGGCGAAUCUCCGGGACUUCUCCAGCGUGCUGAAUGGCAGCGGCAAAAUGCAGAGGCCUAAUGUCAUGUGCACUGCCGCCGCAUGGGGUGUCCAGUUUUCACUCGGCCUUUUUAUUUUGCACAAACCAAUACCCGCCGAUGUUCACGUCAGCAGCUGUCUGCCUCCCGUUGACAACUUCGGUGAAAUCACGAAACAGGUCGGGGGUCAGGAGACGCUGAAAAAGCUGUCACUGAGCCAGGUGUAUCUCAGCGGCGACGCCACCUUGCGACUCGUAGGAACUCUGAAGGUCAACUUGACGAAGAGUUUCCUGAGCCUUGGCACGGAAAGACAGCGGGGUCUGGCGAAUUUAUCGAAGCAAAUCGGUGACAGAGGCCACAGUAGCAGGACAGAUUUCAAAAGAUUUUACGCUGCCGAUGACAGCCUGAUUGCCUACCUCCAGAAUGGCCCCAAGACCUGGCAAGCGACAUUCGAAACGCCCGUUCCACAUUUAUGGCCUCAGUUCAAGAAACCCUCCAGCCGACCAUGUGGAAACGCCUGCCUCAUGCGUCUUGCGGCCCGGAUGGCCACAGUCAUCGAAUGCAACUUGGCCGUUCUGCUGUCCGUGUUCGCCAGCUGUGGCUACCAGUGGGAAGCACCACUGGCCCUCGCCAUGGAGACGUCGCCUUCUAUGACGCUGCUCAGAGACAUCGGCCGCGAAGUGGUUCGUCGUGCCUGCCGUCUGCAAAUUCGAGACGGUCGGCCCCGGCUUUCUAGGAGGUGCGCGAAAGCCGGGCGCUGCUCACUCGAGUGUCGGCACUGGCAGACCUGACCAAAUCCGAAGCGGGCGAGACGAUCGCUCCACAGUAACGAUACAUGGACGCGAACUUCCUGGCCCUCGCUGGUGUCGCCAGAGGCAGUCGAGUGCUGUCGCUACCCACGUGGAAGCAUCUACCUUGGUUAGCUCGAUAAAGUUGACUUGGACUGCUGGUUGAAGAUACGGU